AUGAACAGAUACAACGGGCGAGUCCAAAUCCCCGAUUUGCAACUCCCCAAAUACGACGACGCCGAAGAAGAAAAUGUUGAUCAAGAAGGAGAUGAAAGUAAUAAUAACGGGGUAGCGCGAUUAACGACAACAGGGAGCAAUGUGAGUGACGAUCAAGAGCCAUUUAUGGGUGUAAAAGUUCGAAGAAAAGCUUCGCGUCAUAGAGAUAUCAGAGGGGAUUAUCUUGAUGUUCCUUCUCAUUCUUAUUUGAUGAAGAUUUUGCAAAAACAAGGCGACAAGCAAGUUCUCUUUGCCGAUAAAGUUUUGAAAUUCACUAGUUCAGGAAAGAUGAAACGACGUAUAUUGUUAAUAACUGACUUUGCCGUUUACAUUAUUGACUCGGAGGCUAAUGCGCUUAAACGACGGAUAGCACUGGCAGCUGUAGAAAAGAUAUGUUUGAGUGAAUUAAGUGAUAAUUUCUUUGCUAUUAUCAUUCCAACCGAGUAUGAUCUUCUCAUGGCCAGCACUCGAAAGACUGAAAUCGUUACAGUGUUAGUUGAAGCUACCAAGAGUGCUUCUGACUAUGAACUUGAGGUGGUUUUUUCCAAUAGCUUUGAAUAUAAUGCGGAUGCUGAAUUGGUAAAGGAAAUUCAGUUUGAGGAAGUUGAAGGGCGUCCGGAAAGGAAGAAGUUGAAACCAUGGAAGAGCUAUAUCUCAGGAGCCGGACUCACCUUCGACUUGCUGGCUGAUGAAUAG